AUGGCCACGAAAAAGCCAAGACCUACAAUCGAAUUUCGUCCGUCACCGCCUGACUCUCUGAUUAAGAAAAUCAUAUCAUCUGUCAGUGAAAAACGGCCAUCGCCACUGCAACUGUGCGUAGAUGUCGGUUGCGGGUCUGGACAAUCCACCGAGCAGUUAGCCACUUCCUUUGAGCGAGUGAUUGGGGUUGACGUGAGCCCAGAUCAACUAGAGCUUCGGCCCGGAGCAGAAAUACUUUUAAGAAUAUUUCUUACAGGCACACAAGCCCAUCGGGAAGGAUCGGCCUAUUCAAUUCCAGUCGACAAUAACAGCGUAGACUUGGUUUCCGUAUGUGCAGCUGUUCACUGGUUCGACAUGAAGCCCUUUUAUGCUGAGGUAGAUCGUGUUCUACAACCGGGAGGUAUCCUAGCUUGCUAUAGUUACCAUGGUUGCUCCCCGGUCUAUCAAGGGCAGAGCUUUCGCAAGGAAUUCAUAGAGAUAUGGGAUCGUCUGAACGAAUAUUGGUCAGAAGGACAUAAUCAUCUCAGAACAGAUUACUCCGAACUUCCUCAGUUGUACUCUGAAGAUUUUCUCUUGAGAGGAUUCAGCGUUGAACAAGACGUCAGCCUGGAUGCCGUGAUAGGAUACAUAUCGUCUUGGUCAGCCCUCUCCAAGAAAAGAGAGAAAGAAGGAGACGAAGCGGCCGACAGAUUCGUCCAGGAUUCCAGAAACAGGUUGCUGUCGGCGAUGGGAACCCAGGAGUCUAAUCCACCGAUGAAGAGGAGGUACGAUUACUUCCUGAGAUUCUGGCGGAAGCCAAUUUCAUGAAUGAAGAAGAGGCGACGAUAUAGUGAUAGGAAACAUCUUAG